AUGGUGCGCGGCAAGGACAAACCAAACAUGAGACGGUUACCAAGGACGGUCGGGGCCAGGCAGGCUACGGUCAGGAUGGAGGGACUGCCGGACGAUCUCGACUGCAUGAGCGCUAACAAUGCUUCAGACUCGGCAGCGAUUGGGCGCUUCAUCGUCUCACAAUCUCUUGGACAGAGCGCAGACGCGAAGCGGUGCUUUGCCGCCGAGUUGAGACGACCAGAGGUUGCGCCGAGCGGUGGCUGGUGUUGCAAGAGCUCGAGCCUGUGGUGCGCAGGCUGCGGGCACAACUUCCUGUGGAGCGGUGCUGACGAGCACGUCGCCGACAACAUUCCGCUUCUGCUUGGCCUUCCAAAGAGCACAGCGCCUUGCGAGCGCAGGCUGCCCGGCGAGCUGGAGGCGGCGCUCUGCCUUGUCGAUCGAGUGUCCCGGCGACUCAAGCCGCUUGGCUUCGUCGUGCUCGACAACCUCAGUCAGCAGGAGGGCGAUCUCGUUCGGAGCGAGGUGCAGCAGACCGGCACGCUUAUCGCCGUCGAGUACCGGAGCGCCUACGGCAUGUCGCUGCUCGGCUUUUGCUUGCGCGGUCGGCGUGUGGGAGAGAUCGUCUCGCUCGAGGGGCUGGGCGACUUUUACACACGCGCGGGGCUGCCCGGGGUGGCGGCGGAGGUGCACGCGUGGCACUCUGUGCGACGAUCCCCGGCGAUGGGCCCCGAGGCUAUGAUCUCUCGAUACGUCAAGAGCUUCGAUGUGGAGGACACCCAGAUGGGCUGGCUCACCGGCAUCCUUCUGGGCUACCCUCUGUGGACGACGGCGGCGCGCUAUCACAGCGGCGCGCUCACUCUUCGUCCCGCGGACCGCCGGGGCGGCGAGGCGGCAUGCGAGGCGGAGGAGGCCGUGGCAGGCCGUCAGGGACGCGUAUCGUGA